AUCGUGUUGCCUUGGGAAAUGAAGAGUGGAAUCCAUGGGAAGAGGAUGAGAAAAAUGAACUGUUUGCUGCUCAGCAGAGAUAUGAAGCUGUUCUUAAGAUGAUUAAAAAAACAAGAUCUCACCUAGAACAAAGCAGUCUUAGAGUACAGAUUUGGGGCAAAGCAGCGAUUGGUCUUUAUCUUUGGCAACAUAUUUUUGGAGGGCACCUUGAGCCUCCUGAUGUGACUGCACAGUGGAGAGAAGGAAGCCAAAAAGCAGGGAAAACAUAUUUCAGCUUCAUCACUGGUCCAUCUGUAGUUCCUGGCUACUUCUCAGUUGAAGCUGAAAAUGUUGUGCUGGUCCUGAAUGGAAGAGAAAAAGCAAAGAUCGCUUACGCCACUCAGUGGUUGCAUUACACGCAGGCAUUAAUUCAGACUCGCAAAAUACGGCGUGUAGCAGUUGUACUGCUUGGCAACGAGCAGUGCAACAAUGAAUGGAUUCAACCAUACCUCAGAAGAAAUGGAGGAUUUGUAAAUCUACUCUUUCUUACAUAUGACUAUACGUUGGUAAAUGAAGAAGAUAUUUUCCACUGGCCUUUAGGAGUAGCUACCUACAGAAAUUUUCCAGUUGUAGAACCCAGCUGGUCAAUGCUACAUGAUCCAAGGUCAUAUAUGUGUAAUUUCUUAGGAACAGUUUAUAAGAACUCUUCCAGGGAAACCCUAAUGGAGAUUCUGAAGCAGGAUGGGCUUGACAAACUUUGCUGGAUUGCAGCCAGAGAACAGUGGCAGCCUCAAGAAACAAAUGAAAGUUUCAAAAGCUAUCAAGAUGCCUUGCUGCAAAGCGAUUUGACAUUGUGCCCGGUGGGAAUAAAUACAGAAUGCUAUAGAAUUUAUGAAGCUUGUUCAUAUGGAUCUCUGCCUGUUAUAGAAGAUGUAAUGACACCGGGUGAUUGUGGAAAUUCAUCAGUGUACCACGGUGCUCCUUUACAAUUAUUAAAAACAAUGGGGGCUCCAUUUAUCUUUAUUAAAAACUGGAAAGAGCUUCCUGCUGUUUUAGAGAAAGAAAAAAAAAUGAGCUUACAAGAAAAGAUUCAAAGAAGAGAAAAGCUUAUAGAAUGGUAUCAAAACUUCAAAGCAUGGAUGAGACAGAAAUUCAUUAAUACUUUGGAAAAUUCGUUUUUGCCCAGUGAUAAAGGAUAAAUUGUCCCUUUUGAGAAUCUAGAAUAGGUGGAAAGCUUAUUUUUCAUCAGCCUUUCAAGGAAGCUUUUAUACAAAAGAAAUCUCACAGGACGGAUGCAUUCCUUUUGAAGUCAACAGAAUUGCUCUUGCUUGGCCAAGAGCUACCUUUGGCCCUCCAUCCUUAACAACAUUCAGAGAGGUUGUUGACUUAACAGGAGGGUAGUCUAUAAGGAUGGCAACAGUGUUACUAUUGUUCUUACAUUUUCCAUGGUGGUGUGUGACCUGACAAAUAUUUUUUUUAGGAGAAUAUCUUGAGCGUGGGAACUUGUUAAAAUCCAUCGUGAGUACAACGGUUGUGUUUGAAGAAAAUAGAAGAAUGAAAGCUGUAUGGUACAAAGUAAUUUAUUACGUAGACUAAAAAAGGAAAGUAUGAUGAUAGCAAAAUUGCCAGGUUUAGCACAAUCAUUAGGAUACAUCCUGGUACAUGCUUGUUUUGAAAAUGUGAACUGUUUACUUGAUUGACAUUUCAUUUCCAAGGAACUGGCCAUAAAGCUAAUUAAAUAGUGGAAUAAAAAUGUGUAUUUCAAGG